GCCUGCCAUGCAUUCCUGGAGAUACAUCCGGCGGGGUUUGAUUCAUAUAGGGCAAGGGGCGAGCCAGCAUUCCAGAUAUCCAGCAUCCAUUAGCCUAUGACAUUCUCACCCAACACAGGAAUGAGGCAAUAGUCCCUAGACAUCUCAAAUAUUUUACCAGCCACAGCCCAGUGAAUGUCGGUGGAACAAUUCAUUCCGGGGUCGACUGUCCCACUCUUCCUUCACUCAAUAGACGAUUAUCUACCUGGGGUUUUCUGCUAAUCUCAGGUUCAAAAUGCUCUUAUAGCCGAUUGUCUCCUUCUAUUACCCGCUAUUUUCCGGAUCAAGUCACCCCACGGGUUCCAUCUGAAAGGUCCCUUAAUCCAAGGUGCGAGUUCGAUCGCCAUGAAGUGGCUUGUAUGUGUCCUUGCCGUGCUCCUGCUCAGCCUCCAAGUCAAGGCACUUCCUCGUGAAAGUCUAGAUCAGAGUGAUCCAGCACCACCUUCAGGAGAGGCAGACUACCAUAAACUCCCCAACAAUGUCGAUCUCAACAACCUCCCACCCUUGCUACCAAUACCUGAUCCAGCCACACCCGACCUGGUACCUAGUCUGCCAAUAGAAGGCGGAUAUGGCAUCUCCUACGCCCCCUACAACAAUGACGGCACCUGCCGAUCCGUCGAUAGAAUUAACGAAGACCUGGACAAGAUAAGCACAGAUUACAGCUACGUCCGUAUCUACGGCGUCGACUGCGACCAGACCAAAAAUAUCGUAUCCGCAGCCCGUCAACGCAACCUCCGCGUCUUCGCUGGCCUCUUUGACCUGCAGGACUUCCCAAGCAGCCUCGACCAAAUCAUCUCUGCUGCAGCAGGUGACUGGUCCAUCUUCCACACAAUCAGUAUCGGCAACGAACUCGUCAACAAAGGCCAAAACCCGCAAGACGUAGUAAACGCCGUGCACACCGCGCGCGCUAAACUCCGUACAGCAGGCUACCAAGGCCCUGUCGUAACAGUGGACACGUUCUCCAUCCUCCUCAGACACCCCCAACUCUGCGAAGCGUCCGAUUACUGCGCAGCCAAUUGCCACGCCUUCUUCGACGCCAACCAAACCCCCGACAACGCGGGAAAAUACGCCCUCGAACAGGCGAACCGUAUCUCGGCUGCAGCGGGCGGGAAACGCACCGUGAUUGCAGAAUCCGGCUGGCCUAACCGCGGCCAAGCAAAUGGUAAAGCUGUCCCCUCUGCCUGGAACCAGGCCAUCGCUCUCUAUGCCCUGGGGUACUCGUUCCGGGAUCGAAAGGAGGAUAUGGUGCUUUUCUCGGCCUUCGAUGAUCUCUGGAAACAAGAUGAGCCAGGGACUUACGGCGCUGAGAAAUUCUGGGGUAUUAUGAGGCGUUGAGCGCUUCUGUCUAUUUCUACUUGCUUCUUAUCCCCGAGUGUCUCGGGUUCUUGGCUUCCAUGGUGUGAUGGCUGACAUUGAUUGCGCUGGGCGUGGUCUGUGUCUUUCUCUCGCUACGCCCCUCUCUUUCCUGGUAUCUACUUGUUGUCAUGUGCUGUGCAACGUACACGUACAAUUAUCCUGUACAUAUAAGAAUCC